AGGGGUGAGGGCUGGUGGGUACGCGGCGGGGUAUGGGGGCCGGCGGGGCGCGGUGGUGUCUAGCGCUGGCGUUGCUGCCGCUGUUGCCGGGAGGCCUGGGCAAACCGACAGCGCGGCAGGAGCGGGCGCGGCAGCACGAAGACCGGCCGGGCUUCCAGUACGACCACGAGGCCUUCCUGGGCAAGGAGGAGGCGCGGAGCUUCGACCAGCUCAGCCCGGAGGAGAGCCGGGAGAGGCUGGGGAAGAUUGUGGAUAGAAUAGAUGACAACAAAGAUGGCUAUCUCACAACAGAGGAAUUAAAGAACUGGAUUAAACGGGUACAGAAACGCUAUAUCUAUGAAAAUGUGGCUAAGGUUUGGAAAGAUUACGAUCUCAAUAAGGAUGAUAAAAUUGCCUGGGAAGAAUACAAACAAGCCACAUACGGUUAUUAUCUAGAAAAUCCAGAAGAAUUCCAAGAUGCAACCGAUCAGCACAGCUUUAAGAAAAUGCUACCCAGAGAUGAAAGACGAUUCAAAACUGCAGAUCUGGAUGGAGACUUAGCUGCAACUCGUGAAGAAUUCACAGCUUUCCUUCACCCAGAAGAGUUUGAGCAUAUGAAAAACAUUGUUGUCUUAGAAACCUUAGAAGACAUAGACAAAAAUGGGGAUGGUUUUGUGGAUCAAGAUGAGUACAUUGCUGAUAUGUUUGCAAAUGAAGAGGGUGGACCAGAGCCUGACUGGGUGAUUACAGAGCGCGAACAGUUUGCAGAUUUUCGUGACAUCAACAAGGAUGGAAAGAUGGACAAAGAGGAAAUUCAGCACUGGAUUCUCCCACAAGACUAUGAUCAUGCACUGGCUGAAGCCAGACACUUGGUCUAUGAAUCAGAUGUAGACAAGGAUCAAAAACUAACAAAAGAAGAGGUUCUAGACAACUGGAACAUGUUUGUUGGAAGUCAAGCUACUAAUUAUGGGGAGGACCUCACAAGAAACCAUGAUGAACUAUGAUACAGUAUACCAGCCAGUCUGCCACAGACCUUUUCUCCGCUUUACUGAAAUCGGCAUGUCCAUCCGCUCUUUGGGAAAGAUGGGCAAAGGACACACUCAAAAUCAAGUUACUUGCAUUAAUGUAUUUUUAACAUGCCAGCUUAUUACCUCAGAAACUGCGUAGAAAUAGCUUUUUACUCUUUUCACAUGGUUAAAUACAGUAUCUAAUUACUGCAGUUUAAUAUGGGAUAAAAAAAAGGUAACUUUUCUUUAUAUUAGAUUCUGACCUGGAAGAGGCACUUCUAAAAACAUAAUUGCAAGGAUCUUUAAUAGUGAAAUAUUUUCUUCAAAUACCCACUUUUACUACAGUGAAAUGCAGCUAGGAUUAGAAAGAAACUCAGUGUUUAAACAGACUAAAUUAUUUAGUUGUCUUUUUUUAUAACAUGUAACAAUUCAGAGCUAUACUUUGACCUGUGUGAAUCACAGCCUUUUUCCCCACAGUUUUUCUCUCCUGGUUUUGGGUCAGAAAUGCUGCAGAAGGUAUCUAAGCAGCCCUCUGGUUCAUAGCUUCACAAGUGCAAUGUGUACAACGGGCCCUUUUCUCUAACCCCAUCAAAGUGCAGAGACAGCACAUGCAACCCAGUAAUCUGUGCCCGCAUUCCUCAGCGAGGGUUGUGGAGCUUAGAGUGACAGCUGCUCCUUCUGACAACAGAAUAACAUACAAUUGUGGGUUGUUGGUCUGCUAUUUCCUGGGAGGAAUUAUGCUACAUGGAGCAUAAUUCAUCUCACGCUUUUCGUGCUUUACCCAAGCCGUACUCUUGUUCACACAGUGUGAAUGGCAGCAGUUCUGUGAUGGAGAAAGAAUGAGACAUAUCACCCCUCUGGGCCUUCUGUCUCCUCUGCGACAUAAGAGGACAGAUUUAUGUGGCUAAACUUCUGGUUUUGUAUUUAUAUACAUAUGAGUAUGUGUUACUGAAGCAACUACAUGAAGACAGCUUUCCUCUGAAAGAAAGGGGUAAGCUUUCCACACAGGUGCUUUGUUUUUUACUGUAUAAUGUGAGUGGUUACGUGUAUAUUUUUAUAUAGCCAACUUAGAUAAGUUUGGUUGGUUUUAAAUGUACUGGUUUUGAAACAAGCACAAUAAAACAAGUACUUCUUCUUGAUACUAUUAAGGUGCAAUAACACUAACACAGACUAGCAUAGAGAGUUGAUGUGAAAGCACACACCAAGCCUUUAGAGCCAGUAGUUCCCAAGCUCUGGGUCAUUGGCAGCUUCUGCAACACUGGGUGGUCAUCUGCAAACAGCUGCUGGACAGCAGCACCGUUUCUUCUUCACCUCAUUAAGUAAAAGUUAGAAAUAAUUUGAAUAUACAUAGUUGCUAUUGCUAACACUACAAUUUGUUCUGAACACUAGUACUGGGAGAUGAGGGUUCCACCUCAGUGUUCACUUAGACAUUCCUUCAAAGUCUGGUGUACAGAAUCACACGCUGGUUAUCGCACAACCAUCCAGAGAGGAGCUUUGAAACUCCCAGGCUGUGAUACACUUUAGCAAUUUAGCAAGAUUUUGAAAAUCAUCAUAAGACAAUGCAGAACUGUGACAUCCAUAAGCGGUGUCAUUUUUAUAAGGUUAUGUAUGAGCUGUGGUGAAAUAUUUACGUCUUCCAAUUGAAGAUAAUUAGAUACUAUGGUCUGGCAGAGAUUAUAUGUUCUUGUUAGCACAAUUACUAAGCCUUUGGUGUGCAUUUCUUACGACAUUGCCAGCAAUGUCUCCAAAAAGUCCCUACCUCUUCCAUUAACAUACAGUAGGACAAAUGUCGUAAGUGAACUGUUUUUGCUUUUCCAGUACCCUCAAGUUAAAUGCCUAAAUGCAGUGUUAUCCGAGAAGCAAUAAAAUUGUAUCUUGGCACAAGUAAAA